AUGUCCCUACUCCGAGGUGUGUUCAUCGUGGCUGCCAAGCGAACGCCCUUCGGGGCCUAUGGUGGCCUUCUGAAAGACUUCACCGCCACUGAUUUGGCUGAAUUUGCCGCCAGGGCAGCCCUGUCGGCUGGCAGCAUCCCUCCUGAGACCGUUGACAGCGUCAUUGUGGGCAACGUCAUGCAGGUUGGUAGGGCAGAAGGGAAGCACGUGGGUUUGCGCGUGGGGAUCCGCACAGAAGUCCCCGCUCUCACGGUGAACAGGCUCUGUGGCUCUGGUUUCCAGUCCAUUGUCAGUGGAUGUCAGGACAUCAGUGUUAGAGACGCAGAAGUUGUCUUGUGCGGAGGAACCGAGAGCAUGAGCCAGAGCCCUUACUGUGUCCGAAAUGUGCGUUUUGGAACCAAGUUUGGAUUAGAUCUCAAGCUGGAAGAUACAUUGUGGGCAGGGCUCACAGAUCAGCACAUCAAACUCCCCAUGGGAAUCACUGCUGAGAACCUGGCCGAGAAACAUAAAAUAAGCAGAGAAGAAUGUGACAAGUAUGCUCUGCAGUCCCAGCAAAGGUGGAAAGCUGCUUAUGAUGCUGGCUACUUCAAUAACGAGAUGGCACCAAUUGAGGUGAAGACCAAGAAAGGGAAGCAGAUGAUGCAGUUGGAUGAACACGCCCGCCCCCAGGCAACGCUGGACCAGUUGAGUAAGCUUCCUCCUGUGUUCAAGAAGGAAGGCACAGUCACGGCCGGGAACGCGUCGGGAGUAUCUGAUGGUGCUGGAGCAGUUAUCAUAGCUAGUGAAGAUGCUGUGAAAAAACAUAACUUCAAACCUCUAGCAAGAGUCGUGGGCUAUUUUGCUUCUGGCUGUGAUCCUUCUAUCAUGGGUAUCGGUCCCGUCUCUGCCAUCAGUGGGGCACUGAAGAAAACAGGACUGAGCCUGCAGGACAUGGAUUUGGUGGAGGUGAAUGAAGCUUUUGCUCCUCAGUACUUGGCGGUUGAGAAAAGCUUGAGUCUUGACCCAAGUAAAACGAACGUGAACGGAGGGGCCAUCGCUCUGGGGCACCCGUUGGGAGGAUCUGGAUCGAAAAUUAUGGCUCACCUGGUUCAUGAAUUAAGGCGUCGAAGUGGAAAAUACGCUGUUGGAUCAGCUUGCAUCGGAGGGGGCCAAGGCAUCGCAGUCAUCAUUGAGAACACAGCCUGA